UAAUUAUAGGGAACACUGUUUUACACAAUGGGAAUACCCCACACAUUAAUACUGUUAAUUGCAUUUGACUCAAAUCUCGCUUUUCUAUUUAGUAUUUUGUAAUGCUGUAAUGGCAACAAGCGGCUCGUUUCCUUUGCGAAUAUUUUGUCUGCAUGGAUACAGACAGAGUGAAAAGACAUUCCGACAGAAAACCGGUUCGUUGAGAAUUUUGAAAAACAAAGCUGAGCUGGUUUAUAUCACAGCACCAAAUCUUGUUCCGAACAAAGAAGACAAUGAUGUAGGGGAAUCUACACAAGUUGAAGAUCAAUAUGGUUGGUGGUUCUCAAGUCCAGAUGACACCUACCAUGCUCAAAAUCAUACAGACUGCUGUAAAGGAUAUGAACAAUCAAUUGAAAAGAUAGCUCAAUUCAUGAAUGACAAUGGGCCAUUUGAUGGAAUUCUCGCUUUCAGUCAAGGAGCUUCUCUUCUAUCCUUGAUUUGUGCACUGAAAGAAACAGGAGAUGUUAGGUUUUCUUUCAAAUUUGCAAUCUUAGUUGCUGGAUUCAGAAGUCGACAAUCACAACAUGAAAAGUUGUACGAGACGGUCAUCACAACACCUUCACUACAUGUCAUCGGAGAUACAGAUCAAGUUAUUCAGAGAGAGAUGAGUGAUGAACUUCUAUGCAAAUUUAAAGAUCCAGUUGUGUUACGGCAUCAGGGUGGUCAUUUCAUUCCCACUUCUUCUCAGCAGAAGCAAGUUUAUAUCCAAUUUCUAAAUAAUUUUAGAGAUGUGUGUUGACCUUAUAAUAUUUUUUUAUGAAUUUAUAAUUGUAAUGUAAAUGAAUAAUUUUUUUAUUGUUACAUUUAUUUGCAAUGCUGUUCAAUUCUAAGUCCAGUGUUUAAGUGGAAAUAACGUGGGAUAAAUUAAAGUGAAAUUUCAGUCGCUGUGCAUAGAA